UGGAUGAGUCAGAAGUUCUUUCAUCAGACAAAGUUGGAAUCAUCCCUCCGCCUCAUCUUGUAGAGUCAGAUUCGAAUGAAUCUCAGAAUCCAUGUACCAGUUCUUCCCAGCUAAAUGGCAACAGCCAGAAGACAAAAGAGCAGAUGGAAUUGGAUUCCGAUAAACUCCUUGAUCCCAGCUUGGACGGCAGUCGUAAAGAAUACAUUACUAAGCGUGGUGAAAAUCCUUCUUCUGGUGAUGCAAACACCAGAAACAUUAAUGUCUCAAUUGACCAGAAACGAAAGAUGCAAAGAUUUCCAAAUGUAGAGAACAGUGAUGGGUGUCCAUCACUGCAAGAACGUGACGCCGCUUUGAAGCCUACUCUUAAGAGAGGUUGCUCCCCUAUCAGAACCAAAAGUCCCUUUGGUAAGAGAAAGAGAUGUAGUGUAUCCUGCCCAAAAACAGACACAAGUAGUGGUAACGCCACAAAAGAGAGAGAAGGGGGAGACACUGGAUCUCUGUCGAAAGAUUCAGCACCUGACAUGGAGGAAUAUCUACCAGACAGGUCCGCUUCCCUGGAUAAAGUGUCUGUGGAUUUACCUUGCGUACCUGCUGUUUGUAAAAAAGAGGAUGGAUCAAGAAUUUACAACAAAAAACAGUAUUGUUUGUACUGCAAGACAGGGUUUGUAAAAAUAUCGAGACACCUAGAGCGUGCUACAUAGAGACAAGCCAGAGGUGGCAAGGGCUCUCUCCUUUGCAAAACGCUCAAAGGGAAGAAGCAUGUGUUUAGAACGUUUAAGAAACCAGGGCAACUUUACCCACAAUGUUGAAGUUUUAAAUUCUGGCAUUGGAACUCCCGUGCCUCGCAAACGACCAAAAGACAAAUCUCAAGUCCAUAAUUUUUUACACUGUACAUUUUGUCAAGGCUUUUUUUUAAAACAUGCUCUUUGGAAGCACAUGAAGUUCUGCAAAUUCAAACCGAGUAAUCCGCCAAAUUCUGGCAAAAUGCGCAUUCAGGCUCUUUGUGGAUUUACUGCACCUCCACCACCUGGAGUUAAGGAACAGCUUUGGAAACUGAUAAACAGGAUGAUUAUGGAUGAUGUUUAUGAAGCUGUAAAGUCUGAUCCCUGGAUCAUGGAGUAUGGCCAACAUUUGUACAACAGGCAUGGGCAUGAUGCCACCAAACACGAGUACAUCCGGCAACAAAUGAGAGCGUUGGGAAGGCUGCUUGUAUGUUCCAGAAAAAACACUCCAAUGAAAACAAUAAAAGAUCAUAUGCGACCGUCAAAUUUCAUGCGUGUUGUCCAGGCUGCGAAGGACACUGCAGGUUACAAUUGUGAAACGCAUACAUACAAAAGCCCAAGUUUGGCGCUCAAAAUUGGAUACAGCUUGGAAAGGAUUUCAAAGUUGGUUGAAAGUCAUGCGAAUGUCCGACGCAACGACAGUACUUUAAAAGAUGCGAAGACGUUCCGCACAGUGUAUAAAACCAGGUGGAACAAAAUGAUAUCAUCUGCAUCACUCAAAACAUUGAAGGCGUCCAAGUGGAAUGCUCCUCAGUUACUUCCCUUCACUGAAGAUGUGCAGACUCUCCAUUCAUUUUUAGAUACUCAGCAACAAGAUCUUUUCAGAAAACUAUCCCCGGAAUCCUCCCCCAUGACAUAUGCAGAACUGACAAAGGUCAUUUUGACCCAAAUCAUUUUGUUCAACAGACCAAGAGCUGGAGAAGUCUCAAAAAUUCCACUUUCUGCCUAUUUGUCUUCCACGCAAUCAGACCCUCAGGAGGAUGUGAACUUUGCACUGUCAGAUCUGGAGAAGAGACUCUUUCAGCAUUUCUGGAGAAUAGAAAUAAGAGGUAAAGCGGACAGAAAGGUUCCUGUACUUUUGACCCCAGUGAUGCACCAGACAUUGGACCUCCUUGUCCGAAAAAGGAAGGAAUGUGGGAUUUUACCAGAAAACACUUACCUAUUUGCGAGACCAUCCAGUUUGAUUUGCUACCGUGGAUCUGACACUCUUCGUAAUUUCGCCAAAGUCUGUGGAGCAAAGAGGCCAGAAAGUCUGAGCUCAAAAAAAUUACACAAACAAAUGGGAGCCUUGUCACAGGUCCUUAAUCUCACUAAUACCGAGCUGGAUCAACUCGCUAAUUUUCUGGGACAUGAUGUAACCUUGCAACAAGAGUUUUACCGACUUCCUGAGGGCAUACUCCAGCUAGCGAAAAUUAGCAAAGUCCUCAUGGCUCGAGAACAAGGACGUCUGGCUCAAUUCAAGGGCAGGUCUCUCGAUGACGUCAACAUUGAUCCUGCGGAGGAUGUGCAUAUAUACAGCGACCAGGAUCGAGACCCAGAGGAACCAGGUGACGCUGAGCCGGCCUAUGAGUCAGACUCACUGGUGAAUCCGGUCACAACAAGGCGCUCUGUGUCACUUCCAAAUUCCAAGAAUCAUCACAAACCUCUAAGGAUAAAAGUGCGACAGCAUUGCAAGAGAAAGAAAUGGGAGAAAGAAGAAGUAGAUGCCGUUGAAAGGCAUUUGAUGUCGUUCAUCACAUCAAGCCAACUUCCAGGAAAACGCGACUGCGACAAGUGCCUUAUGUUGGAGAAGACGGCCCUGAGCAGUAGAACCUGGCUGUCCAUUAAAUUUUAUGUUAAGAAUCGUAUCAUGGCUCGUAAGAAGAAAGUUUAAUGCUGUCGAGGCACUUUUAGUUUUUUUGGUUUUGUGUAUUUACACAUGGAAAAAAUGUUGGUGAACCCUUUGUUAAUUAAAGAAAACCACAAUGAGUCAGACAUUGAUUUUAAAUUGUGUUUCAAUAGAAUUAUUUGAAAAACAGGCCCGGAUACAAAAUUAUGGUGUCCUUACUAUUUUGUUACGCAACCUUUUUAGGCAUCACUACAAUCAAACGAUGUCUGUAACUGUCCUGGCUGCUGCAUCAGUCUAUGCAUGCUGCACAUUUAUCUCCAGAAUUCAUUGAAACAGUAGUCUUGAGAUUUCAUUAUACCCUGCACAGAUUGAAGACACCCUGUGCCAGAGCCUCCAUGCCUUGAGAAGAACAUGCUUAGAGAUGAACAGUGUUUUUCUCUUGGCAUGCUUUAUUUUUGUAUCUGUCAACAAGAGUAGAUGUGCCUUUUCAGAACGCUCGAGUCAAAUCUCAACUGUCCAACAGACCAUCUCCCAUGAGCUCUGUGACAUGUCACCAUGCAUUAUGGAAUUGGUCAACUCGUUUUUUUUGUAAUAGUCCGUGUAGAAAAAAUAUACUUGAGCUGUAAGCAGGCCACAUAAUGAGAAUAAUAGGAAUCAAACAAACCUUAAGGCAGCGAUUUUUUUUUUUUUUUUUUAUUUUUUGUGUUUAUUUUUUUAUUUUUUGUGCUAAUCAUGCAGUUUCUGUAAUUUCUCCUGUAUUAUGUGCCUUUUUUUCCUCCCAAAAAUGUCAAAAAUCAAUGAUGCGCAUUAUACAUAGGGGAAAAUGAAAAAAACUUUCCCGUUUUAUAAAUGUAUGCCGCCAUCUAGAGGUUAUGAAAAAGCGGUACACCAUUUCAAUAUGCCUCCGCCACCUCGAGGUUAAGAGAGAGGUGUACACGUUCAUUGUAAUAUGCCAGCGCCACCCAGAGGCUAUGAAAAAUGAUUAGCUUCCACUUUCAUUCCAAUAUGCCAGGGGUACGUAUGACUGCAUAUAUUCAGUUGUGCUCCUAAAUUUACAUACCCUGGCAGAAUUUGUGAAAUUAUUAUUAUUUUUUUUGUACGACCAAUGACUGAGCAUCAACCAUCAUUAAUUUUUUUGAUGGUUAUGUUUUGUUUGAUGAUAAUUUUGGCAAGUUGUAAUGUUGGUUUGACCUGACUGAUUAGAAUACAUGACCUGAACAGAGAAUACUUUUGAAGAUACUCCGUACACAGUACACAAGUAUAUACAGUAAAUAAACAAGUCGACACAUUGCUCCAUCUUGUGAUGGAUCGGUUAUCCGUUUUUUUAAACUUGCUGAUCGGUGAUUGGCCCCAAAACUCCUGAUCGUGUAAAGCCUAGUUGUAAGUAUGCUGGAACAGUGUUAGAACGAUUACAUCAUGGGGUUCCGCUUGCCGUUCACUCUCAAAUGCUCCCACAUUUUUGACAGCUUCUGUCUCUUCUCGCAUUUUUCUUCUUUCCUCGUAAUAAUCUUUCCGCUCCUUCAAUUAUAGUCGUCUUCCACCUCCUUCUUCACUAUACACGGUUGGGCCUUCGAAAAAGCCAUCCGCUUACGCUAACUGAUGAACAGCCUAAGUCCCCACUUUCAGCUGUCAAUUAGUGAAUUUACAAAUGCCCGCCAAGAACAGUGAAAACGCAGAGAAUAUAUUGUAGUCUGCUUUGACGAUGAAAUGGUGACGAGCGUUGGCUUAACAAAAGAUAUUGCUGGAAGCGACCCUGCAGUUGUAUUACAUUAAUUGCCGUUGGAGUUUUGCAUGUUCCGAUUUCUGCGAAGGACUAAAGGUGUGGCUGAAUGUGUUUGGA